AUGCAAGAUACCUCUGACACGUCGAGUGUACUGGCUAGCGUGGGCGGUAGCAGCAUCCAGGUGGACUGUAGCGGCAUUGGUCAGAGUGUUGAUCAAUUCACAGCAAGCAUUUCGUUCAAGGCCAAUGGAGGCACCACUUGUUACUUGGUGACGUUUACACGCCAACAACCUGCUAGUGAGUCCCAGGAAUCGACGACCACUAUCAGCGGCUUCACGUGGCCUGCGAAAGACUUAACCCAAAAGACACCUUUCUCUUGUCAGCAGUUCUAUCCACUCGCCCAAGGUAGUCCAAGCAGCGACUUGGUCAUUCUAAGCGAUGAUCCCAAUCAAAAUUGGUGGAUGACUGCAUCAGCUUCACAAAUGAUGUUCGCCAUCAGCGUCACCCUUGCAUUUGUGCCAGUUCAGAAUUUACUAGGAUCCGUCUUUUCUUGGGCCAAGACCAAAGUGUUUCCAGAAAAUCAGCACGAACAAGGUCUCAAGUUCCAAGAAUUGUACAAAGCGGCCACUUCCAAGGUUGCCUAUACGGAGGCUCAAAAAUUGGACUUUCCAGUAGCCGAUACCGCUAACCUGGCUUCGGAAGCUGCCACCGGAUACUUAAACAAACAGACCAGUGUAAGCGAUACACAGACGCUUGAGGCUGGAGCUCGGGUAGCCAUCAAUCAGGCUACACAGCGCGCUAUCAAUGAAAGGAUUGGUCCCCAGAUCCGCAACAAGAUCGCUGGAUAUACCGCCCUCAGCAAAGAUGCGUCUACGACCAUCAUAGACGGGGUAUGCCUCAGCAAGUUCGAUGCGAUUUUUGGUGGAGAACGGUCUGCGCUUAUUACUACCUACGUAGAGAAAGCCGUCGCGGCGUUGAUCACGCAGCGUGCGGCAAAGGAGAACCUAGAUCGUAUCGGCAAAUUGGCGGAACAAAUCGAACAGGGAAAGAGAAACACUGAGCAAUUUCGUGCUCAGGCUUUAGCCGCGGAGAAGGCGCUUGAGGAGGAACAGAAGGAAACCAGCGACCAAGCCAAGCUGAAGCCUCUCCAAGAUAAACUCACUGAAGCGGAGGCCCAGCUGAAGAAAGAAGAAAAAGGUGUUGCAGAUGCUCAAUCAGAGCAAGAAAAAGCUAAAAGCAAUUUUCAAGAGGGGCUAGAGAAAGAACAAGAGGAGGCAGAUAAUGCUCGUGAUCAAGCGCAUACAGAAGCGUAUGGUGCUUAG